AUGGCUACCAACGAACCGGCCAAGGAACCGACCACCGAAGAGGUCAUCCAGCGACUUAAGGAAUCUCGUCCCCCGGCAUCCGAUAGAUUCACAUAUCUCACCAUCAUAGACAAGUCCAUGUCACCUGAGAUUUUACCGGCGCUGCACGAAAUCCUAGAAGAUGUAGAGUUGACCAGCGAUAUUGGAUGGGACCUCGUUGAGAUGCUCAUCCACGUUCCCGGAAGUGAAAGCUGUCUGGAAACCAUCGCGCGCCUCGGAAACCCACGAGAAGUUAUCCUCAAGGUCCUGCAAGUCAUGGAAUCAGUGACUGGCGAAGGGGAAAAUGGCUCGGUAGGGAACAAGUACUUCAUCACUCUUUGCGGUAUGCUCGGCAUCCUGUAUAAGCGACUGCAGGUGAAAACGCCGUCUCGAUUUUUACACACCACGCUGGACACUGUAUAUCGAUCCUACGACCCGACAAGUGCCGAAUCUACCGCCGCUAUUAUUUCGCUGAUGCAAUCGAUUUCGGCGCAGAAGCGGCCUCCCUUGCCCUCGCGACAGUCGAGCACCUUGUUGGAGACGGCGGUACAUACUAGCGAUGAGACGAAGAGCGCGCCAGAUCCGGAGGCUGAUAACUCUGAUAAGCCCGGUGCCGAUGAGCCUGAGAUUAUGUCACAUUUGCUGCGCUGUUUUAUUACCUGCGUUAUUGAGGCGUUUGUCAAUUCCAACAGUUUGGAGUGGGCGGCGAGGACGUUGGAGUACACGUAUCCGGAGAGGAUAGUCCCUGGGAGAAAGACCAUGAUGCAGGCAUUUAACGAAGUGGACGAGUUGAAGGCAAAGGAUGCACUGGUUGGCCAGCUAGCAGCAGUUGCUGGGGAUUUAGAUUUUGCCAAGAUGUCGUUUCCAGAACUUCGAGAGAUUCUUCAAGCGCCGAUUGUUAGAGACCCCUUGGCAAUCGACUUUGACCCAGCAAACAUCGACGAUAUCAAGAUUUCAGGGGGUGGAUUGUUGUGUUUGAUUGCUUAUUGGGUCUUUGCAGGAGACGUCUUCGAUGCCGACCAGCCUCGACCCGAAAUGCACAUGUUCCCGGACCAUCAGCAACUACUGAAGCAUUACAUCGGAGAUGAUCCCCAGUCAGAAAUAUUAAACAACCCAGGAACAAUAGAGUCGUUGGUCGUACUCGCGAUCUGGUUAGACGGGCAGAAGAAACUCGCACCUGGCGGCGCAGCAGACGCAAGCGCCAAGGACAACUACAUGCCAUACCACCACCUGAUAACCCUCGUCUCAGUUUUCCAUCCCAACAUCCGCGUUCGAAAUGCAGCCACAGUCAUUGCUGGAGCGGUCCUACACUCAGACCCGGACGAAGACGACCGACUAGCCAUUCUAGAAGACCUCCUCGAGAACUGCAUGUUUGCGUCCCUUCAGGCUUGCGCAGUAACCUGGCUCAGAGAAGAAGUCAUUUCUGCGCGCAAAGCCGGUUCAAAGGGACGAUUCAGCAGUCCCGAUUGCUUCGAGUCCGUUCAGUACACACUAUUCCCCGACCUGACGUAUCUAAACGAGGCGGAUAUUGACACCAUGCUGGACUUUUGGGCCGAAGGCUCGCCUUUCCAUCUGCAGGCUGCAAACUUUGCGUUGUUCCUGUUUGGGAAAGAUUACAAGGACCUCGCACCGGCGGGGAUGGCGGCCGCCAUUGAGCAUCGAUAUGUGCAGCCGCUUCUGCAGGCGGCUAAGUCGUUGGCGCAAGCGGUGGAUAAGGGAGAGGUUGAAAAGCCUGAGGAUCAUAAGAAUACGGUUAUGGAGUUGGGAAUCUUGAAGGAUACGCUUGAGAGGGUUCCUUUGCAGUGA